CACUCAACCCCCUUGGGCUAUGGCUAUAUCAAAUAUCAAUCUUCACUCUCCAUAGUUGCUGGCUGGCUGAUUCAGCGAUGUGCUUCCGUUCAAAUCGAGGUCGCCUGCUUUUUCCAGUGGCUACUCCUCCUCCGUCAAUCUUCAUCUGUAUCUAAGUAGAAGCAUCGGAAGUUCAGCUGAGCAGAAGCCGCAGAAGUCGCAGAAGCCGGUCCUGGUAAUUGUUCAUUUGAGCUUCCGUGUUUGGUUUAACCGUAACUCUUGGAUUAUACUUUUUCUUUAGCUAACUUGCAAUGGAUAAUGCUGGGCAUGGGAGGUAUAGAAUAGAAAACUAUAACGGGAUGCAUGGAGGGCAGUGGAAUAUGCCUCAGUUUCAGAUGAAAGAAUCCAGUUCUUUUAUCAUGAACAAGAAGAUGAUGAACAUCAUGGCGGAGAAAGAAAUCGCCAUCAAUGAAUUAAACAGAGCUUUAUCUGAAAAAAAGUACGCCUUUGACCAGCGAACCGAAGCAUUCAAGCAGCGAGACGAAGCAAUAGCUUCCCGAGAUACUGCCCGUAGGGAAAGAGACAGUGCAAUUGCAGCUCUCCGAUUCCAAGAAAACUCCCUGAACGUCAAUAACAGCCACCGAGGAACAAAACGCCCCCAUCAUUCUGCUGAAACCUCUUUUGGUUCAACUAAGAAGUCUGUUCAAACUCCAGCAAUCUCUUCAGAACCUGCUACACCAUCUCGCCAUAGGAAGCCAACAACAAGGGGGAGAAAGUCCGGUUCAUCAUCGAAGCUGGUUAAGAAGGGUAAGAAAGUAGGCGAAGAUCUGAAUAGGCGUGUGACCACUGAUGGUUCGAAAGCUGAGUGGGAGUCUUCUCAAGAACUUGGAUUGAGUAGCCAGGUUAGUUUCGACAAGUCUACAAUGGCUGCACCUGUUUGCUCAUGCACUGGAACUGCAAGGCAGUGUUAUAGAUGGGGUAGUGGCGGUUGGCAAUCGUCUUGUUGCACGACAAACUUGUCGCAGUAUCCGCUACCACAGAUGGAGAAUAAGAGGCAUUCUCGAAUGAGCGGAAGAAAAAUGAGUGGAAGUGUGUUUACUAGAUUGAUUAGCCGGCUAGCGAUUGAUGGUCAUGAUUUGUCGAUGCCAGUUGAUCUCAGGGAUUACUGGGCUAAGCAUGGUACUAAUCGUUAUAUAACCAUUAAGUAAAUUUAUGGAAGGAGGGGUCUGAUAGGAUCGGCUAGUCCUGUUUUCUAACCCCAAAGGUAUGUGAAGUCUGUUGGUGGUUCUUGUUUUUUGUUGUUAAAAAUGUUACCUAAAUCUAUGUAGACUUUUGGUAGCUUGUUCGAUAGAACUCUUUUAUCUUAAAUUGGUUAGGUAUGACUCCGCCUAAGGGGGAAAACUAUAAGUAUUACCUGCUGGAAUUUUGUGUAAUUUACUAUAGGCCGAUCUCGGAUGGAUGAUGGAUUAUUUUUCGACUUUCUUUAUCUAUUCCCAGUUUUUAUUUUUGGUUAA